AUGGCCGCCGGCGACGUAUGCGGCGUGCUGCAGCGGCCCGUCGCCGCUCGCCUGCCGCGCAGUACCGUAAUGCCAACGUCGCUGGCCGUUGGUGUGACGCUUCUUCUACUGUUUCUUCAGGUCGGCUCGUGCUUUGCCCAGGUUGGUGAUGUGAGCGCUGAAGAGCAAGUACAGGUGUUCUUCGAGCCAGACGUCUUGUCGGUACACGUCGGAGGCCGUCGGCUGUACGUGCCCCUUCGCCGCAGACGUGCGGCACUCGAGUCAUUAUUCCCCGGUGGUGCGGCGUCGGUGGUGAACUGCACGUACGAAGGCAGAGUCUACGAGCAAGGGGUCGGUACCACGGGUCGAGCCGUGGUGACUGGGUGUCCCGGUGACAAGCGGGUCCACGCCUUCAUACUCACAGCCAAGGGCGAAGCUUUUUCUGUGGCGCCCGUCGCUCAAAGAGUCGGUGACGCGGGUGACGAAAUCGAUGUCGUUGCUGGACACUUGGUGCGCCGCGAAUCCCCCAAGUCAAAGUUCCUCACUUCGUGGAGCAAGCUGUCCAGCAGGAGACGCAGGGCCGCGAAGACGAAAGCGGUGGUGUCGUCGAGGGAGCGUGCCAUUGAGCUUGCGGUAUUCGUCGAUGCAGCGCUAAACAACGCCAUGGCCACGGAACGAGCCCUGCAGACCAAGCUCACGGCUAUCCUCGAACAGGUCCAACUGAUUCUGGAGUACCGAUCACUGGGAAGGCCGCUCAAACUGGAGAUCGUCACUCUCGAACUCGUCGACUCCAAGCGCGGUCCCAGCACCGGCGGCGGUGACAUCGACGCCUACCUGGACAACUUCUGCGUGUGGCAGUGCAACCGCAACCAGCUGGCGGCGAGGCAGGGGCUGGGACGCUGGGACCACGCGCUCAUGCUCUCGGGUCUCGACCUCGUCAAGGGCAACAACAGCCGCGUGCUGGGCCUGGCGUGGGUGAACGGCAUGUGUCGGUGCCGCUACAGCUGCACCCUGAGCGAGGCGCGCAGCCUCGAGGCGGCGCUGGUGGUGGCCCACGAGCUGGGCCACUCGCUGGGCAUGCACCACGACGGGCCGCCGGACAACCGCUGCGACCCGGACCGCUUCAUCAUGUCGGCCAAGACGGGCGCCGGCAAGACCGGCUGGUCCAGCUGCUCGGGCCAGUACCUCGAGGACUUCCUCUCGAGCCGGACGUCGACGUGUUUGGCGUCUCGCACCAGCCAGCCAGUGGCCGAGUUGGACGGAGAGCCUCUGCCCGGUCAGCUGUUCCCGGCGGACGCCCAGUGCAAGCUGGCGCUGGGAACGGACUACAGCGCCUACACUUCGUCCAGAAGCCCCUUCAAUAACGUGUGCCGUGAACUGUGGUGUCUUGAGGGUUCCUGGGCCAGCCCCGCUCAUCCGGCCCUGGACGGUACCUCAUGUGCUAAAGGCAAGUAUUGCCGCGAGGGGUCGUGCGUGGCGCGUCCGGCGGCCCAAGAAGGUGGUGGCAGCCCCGGGGCCUCGACAAAGAGGGCGCCCCGGAGCACCGUCGUCACUACGACGACAAACCCGACGACGACUACACGACGGUCCCGGAUCAACGUCGUCUUUCCCGACCUGACGAACAUCUGGAACAACUGGUUCCGGCGCGGUCUCCCCAGUUGGUUUUGAGGCCGAGGUCGAUAUCUUUACGGAUCACUCGGUGCUG